AUGUCAGGACCAAGGCCCGUGGUGCUGAGUGGCCCCUCCGGAGCAGGGAAGAGCACUCUGAUGAAGAGGCUGAUGAAGGAUCAUGAGGACGUCUUUGGCUUUAGCGUGUCACACACAACAAGAAACCCUCGACCAGGAGAGGAAGAUGGCAAAGGGUUGAACAAGCUCCCCAUGCUUCUGGGGGCUACUUUACUGCCCGUAGCAGCCGUCUUUUCCUCUGAAGACUUAGACUUGUCAACCUCAUUUUCGUGUCCAAACGAAUCAGAAACCACAGAUAAAGACUACCACUUCACAACGAAAGAGGCCAUGCAGGAGGGCAUUGACAAUGGAGACUUCAUCGAAAACGCAGAGUUUUCCGGGAACAUGUAUGGAACGAGUAAAGCUGCCAUAGAAGACGUGCAGGCCCAGAACCUAAUCUGCAUCUUAGAUGUGGACAUCCAGGGGGUGAAGAGGAUUAAAGAGACUGACCUGAACCCUAUCUACAUCUCCAUCCAGCCUCCCUCCAUGGAGAUCCUGGAAAAACGUCUGAGGGACAGGCAGACGGAAACAGAGGAGAGUUUACAGAAACGCCUGGAGGCAGCACGCAUCGACAUGGAGCUCAGUAAGGAGCCUGGAGUGUUUGAUGUCGUUAUCAUUAACGAUGACUUAGAGAGGGCCUAUGAGGAGCUGAAGGACAUCCUCAAUGAAGAAAUCCAAAAAGUUCAGGAAGCCAAAUCAUAA